GAUCGGAAGACACUUAACCAGAUCCAAAACCAAUAGCAAGACAAAAAAAAGUCUUUUCUCUCUAUACUCUCUACUUGUUAAUAUCCUAACAACAUGGCAAUGCUCACCAGAAACAAAAACAUAACCUUCUCAAUGGUCUUGAUAUGUCUAAUUCUUGUGUCUACAAUGGCUAAGGCUCAACUUGAUGGGCUUCUUGGCAGGGAUCGUAAUAUCUCCAGUAUACAAGGGCGUAUCAUGUGCUCUAUCGAUGGUAAUCCGACUUCCACUCCUCCUGCUGCUUCUCCCGUUAUGCUUCAGUGUGGUGGAAAAAAUGUUGCAACUACGAAUACGGGCGUUGAUGGAGGAUUCACGUUUCCUUCCAACACAGUGUCUACGAUCUCGCUUUCAGAAGUCAUCUACGACGGUUGUAGUGCCAUGGUCAUGAUCCCUCUCUCUACAUGCAACCCUAGCCCUCCUACCAACAGACUCGUCACGGUACGUGCAGGUCCCAUCGUAGUCGUCGUUUCCAAUGAGAGAAACAUGGAUGUAUUCAAAGAACUGGUCACCCCUCUAGUUGUCACCCUCUCCCUCUGAUUUCAAACUAAAUUAAGCAUCCCUUCUUGAUUUGGUUACGGUGUGUUUCCGUUCAGCUGUUUUAUGUUUUCUGUGAUGACCAUUAAAGUUUGCUUGCGUAUGCAUGAAUAAGGUCUACAUAAUAAAGCGUAUGUAUGUUCAAAGUAUUGGUCGUAACUUCUGUUACCAGGUCUUAGUUGGCGUGCAAAUGCUGCAAUGUAAUGAAAUAAAAUAAUUUCCUUUUUA